AUGGCCGGCUCCAAACGUCCACUGGAUGAAUUGGACGGCAAUGACGCCAACUCACAACCGGCAUCGAAACGAGCCUCCAAGGAAUCAGCAGUUGGAAAAGAGAAUCUGGCACCGUCUUACGGGGGUCUCACCAAAAGUCGUCUCUGCACCCUUCUCCAGGAUCGGUCUUUGCCGGCUUCUGGGAACAAACAGGACCUCAUUCGCAAACUCGAGGAAUAUGACGAGCUGAUAUAUUCUCAAGACGAGUCUGGUCGCCAGGAGACUCCCAACCACCUGGCUACCAUAGAGAGCGAGUUUGACUUUAUUGCCAUUUGUAGGCCUUUAUUUGAUAUAGAGGAGGAGAUUGAAGAGAUGGACCAAUCCGGAGACGAAAUGAGUAUGGGCAAACAUUCUGAUGAAGCAAAGAAGCCAGAAAGCACCUGUGACAGCAAGAGCUGCAUUUGUGAAAACUCGGCCGCCGACCAUCCACAAUGGAAGUGGCUGCUCACCAAAGAUGGAUACCAGAUGGCAGGAGAUUUGGAACGAGAGCUCCACGUACGAAAUCAAUAUGCAGCCAGUGAAUACUACCCCGAAGACUGGAGUGGAUACGCCUUUCAAGAAGUGGUGGAAAAUCAGCUCGUGAACUUCGAUUGGGAAACUCGAAAGAAAACCUCCUCACCUGCCAAACUGUGGUCACUGAUUGAGGGUUUCGCAUGGCUACUUCUCGAUCAAGAGUUUUGGCUCUACAUCUACGACUCCGACCGAGCUUUUGCCACGGUCAAGCUUAUCGGAAGAGCGGUAUUCUACACUCUCAAUGUCUUUGAGAAACGGGGUUUAUUACGUCCUGAUUCACCCGUGAAAAACAUAGGCCUCGUGCUAGCCAUUCUGCGUUACAAUCUCCGCUUCUGGCCGGGCCACGAGGAUAAACCUGAACUGGAAUGGUGCGAAGCCGCGAUUGAGGAAGCUCAAAAAAGGGGCAUCGAAUUCAAAGGUGCCCCAUAUGGCGUCGAAAAGUCGUUGAAGUCUGCUGGCAUAAAUGGCCUUGAGUCUAGGAAUUCACAUUCUAAAUGGAAGCGAUUCCAGUGGAGCAGAGAAGUGGGUCUUCGGCGACGGCGUCUGCCGCUUCAUUCCGCUGACGAUCAAUAG